AUGAGUGACGCAGCACAGGAAAGGCCAUGAAGGGGGCAGGCGGUCUGUCUGCAUUUGGAGCGACUGCACCGAGCAGACGCCUCUAAACACUCAACUUACACACAGACACAACUGUUCAACGUUAACCUUUCGCGCAAAGACCGAAUUCGACCGCGCACGCCAGCGAGAAAGUCUUUCCUCGCACCAGCCGCUCCGCGAGAGAAGAAACUCACUCGGCGAGAAACCUCUUCCGUCUCCCGCAGCUCGGGACUCUUUCACACGGAUAAACGAUGACUUACCGCGCGCGAUUCCCACUCAGAACACCGGAGACUCUCUCGCGGCGGGUUUGUUUAUUCUGAUAGGGAGGAAGAUGCUUAAAAUCCUCUCUUGCAUGCCUGGAAUUUUCUGCUGGGAACAGAAAGUGGGCGUUUUUCCACACCGAAGCACUGGAGGAUUCAUGCAACUUGCAGUUCCAAGUGAGGCAACAUGCAGUAAGUUCUAAUUCGCAGUCAUCUAAAGGUCAAUAAAAUCAGGUGCUGUUUUGCAUUGAUUUGACGAUGAAGAUGAUGCGCCUGGAUUCAUAAGACCGCACAGAUUCUGAGGCUAUUUAGAGAUAUAUACAAAUCGAGAUGGCACAGGAGAAUGUGUAUGAUAACCGCAGUCUAGUGGUGAAGUACAUCCACCAUAAGCUCUGGAAGAAGGGAUACGUGUGGGAAGUGAACGGACACGAUGACAGUGUCUCGAAUGGACUGAUGAUGGGGAGGCAGGAGGACCGCGGCGGCUCCCGUCACGACCCGUGCAGCGCUCUUCACACGGUGCUACGGGAGGCUGGGGACGAACUGGAGCGGCUUUAUCAGUCGGACUUUGCGGAGAUGUCCAAACAGCUGCAUCUCACGUCCAUCACGGCGCACCAGCGCUUCACCGCGGUCAUAGACGAGCUGUUCAGGGACGGCGUGAACUGGGGCAGAAUCAUCGCUUUUUUCGAGUUUGGAGGGACCGUUUGCGUCGAAUGCGUGAAUAAGGAGAUGACGGUGCAUGUGGAUAACAUCGCGGGCUGGAUGACCGAGUAUCUGAACGGGCCGCUGCACGGCUGGAUCCAGGAGAACGGCGGCUGGGAGGCGUUUGUGGAGCUCUACGGCAGGCAGAGGGACUCUGUGUUUCGCAGCUCGUGGUCAUCGAUAGUAACGGUCUUCGGUCUAGCUGCGCUUGGGGCCGUUGGCUUGACCAUAGGAGCCUACCUUGCUCAGAAAUGAGGAACCUUGCCCUUCUUCAGUCGUUUGCCCUCUCUCUCCGUCUGAACCCCUCCUCUGCUUUCCCCAGAAGACGUCCCAGGACUGCUCCUCUUCAAAGCCUCUCUCCUACUCUCUACAAGGCUUUCUUCUCUGCCCUCAAACACAAAGACAGAAAAGACAGGAAGUGAACGCGCUGCCGACAGAUCAUGAGAGGAUGGAGGAAAAGAAGAAUAAUGAGGUGAAAGAGACACAGUGUCAUCGGCAGAAUUAGUUCAGAUCUCAAAGUGAAACAUUUUUUGACAGUUUUGGUGUUCGUAUAUGUAAAAAUGAUGGGAAAAUACAAAGGACAAGCCACAUCUGGAGGUUUUGAAGGUCUGUGCUGAUUGAAAGUAUCUUCGGAUGACACCAGCGCUCUCCAAAUGUCCUUUAAGAGUCGGGUUGAUCUUAAGAGACAAUCUGCACUAAACUACCAUCGUUGGUCUUAGUUGUUUUUGUAGGAUUAAUUGUAGCCCAUCUUCUACCCAUUGCUCUUUCAGGCUACCGUUUCUUGUGCUGCCAUUCUUGUAUCAUAGAGAUAGAAAGAACCUGAAGAACUGUGAGGAGGAAAAGAGAGAAAUGUGGAGACAAUGUCCCUCAAGGCACUGGAUUUUGAUCAAAUUUCGACAGAGGGGUGAGAUCCAGUAUGUAGAGGGAACAGUUGAAAAAUGAAUAGUGGGAUGCCAGUCUCUCUUUCUAAAGAGCUUUAUUGAGGACUUAAGAAGGGUUUCCUUGAAGUGCUUUGGGCCAGAAAGUAACCAGAAAGGACAGAAUGGGAAAGCACUUUUCAGACUUUGAAAGAGCCUUGGUUAGACACUUUAUUGACAUGUUCAACAGAUGCGUGUGAGCCAGUCAAAAGAUCUCAAACUGUACAGUAUGUAAAGAGGUGACGCUUUAUUCUUCUUAAUACUGCAACAACACUUCUGUUCACUCUAGUGUUCAUUCAUACACCAAAAGAAGCAGCUGGGUGGAUCUCAAAUCUGUCGAGAGCAAGUCAAGGUUAUAUUUCACCUCAAAAUCAAAAGAAAGAUAUAUUAAUAUAUUAUAUAUACACA